UCGCGAUAUGGGGAAGAGGUCCUUUUUCGCCAGCACCACCUGAGGAUCCCCUGGAGCCGCGAUGGAAGAGGAUCAGGAGCUGGAGAGGUUGGCUUCAGACUUGAAGCUACCCUUCGUCCUCAGCUUCUCGGGUGCUGUGAUUGUGGGUGUGAACCACCACACCAGCCCUGCCAUUGAACUAAGUUUGUUUGCAUCACAUCAGAGCCCCACAGCAUCCCUCGGCUUUGAAGGAAAGCCAUAGAAGAAUUGCUGAAGGAGGCAAAGCGUGGGAGAACCAGAGCAGAGACGAUGGGACCGAUGGGCUGGAUGAAGUGUCCUCUUGCUGGUACAAAUAAAAGAUUCCUAAUUAACACAAUUAAGAACACAUUGCCCUCCCAUAAAGAGCAAGACCAUGAACAAAAAGAGGGCAGCAAGGAACCCGGCCACAGCCAGGACCAGAAGGAGACCAGCUCCAAGAAGCACAGAAGCCACUCCUCCAAGCGCGGCCUGCACUCGGCCCGGGGCGCCGUGGGCUACUCGCCGCCGAGGAAGCGCUCCUCCCGGGACAAGUGCGACUCCCGAGCCAGCAGGCGAUGAGUGGAGCCCAGGGCAGCGCAGUACUGUGCCUGCACUGGGUCAGUGAGGACAGGGCGGUGGCAGGGCUCUGACCCCCGAGAAUGACUCUCCAGGGGGUCCUUUGCCAUCAUCCUAAGGUGGCUGCUGUUGUGUUGUUGUUGUUGUUGUUAACAGGAAAAAACAAAAACAAAAAAACCUUUACCAAACAAACCUUCCCUCCCUUGUCCUGAAGGUGUCCUGGCGAGAGUCAGCGGACAUAGCGUUGCCAUGCACAUCCAUGUUUCUAUCCCGUCUUGUUUGCAAGUUAGCUUCGAAACAAGCCGUUCUAGAAAUUAAAGUUUUCAGGUUGUUGAAAA